CCUUCCUUGCUGUAAAAGAGUCUUACAUUCGCCUCCACCAACAGGUACGAAAUGCGAGAAAAUCCAACCAGGUCCUUUGGGUAUCGCGGUCCCGACGGGCUGUACAGCGGCAUGGUCGGGGAGCUGCAGCGAGAGGAGGCGGAGGUUUGCAUGAUCCUCGCCCCGACUCAUGACCGACUUGAGGUUAUUGAUUACCUGCGACUCGAACCGGCGGAAACCCUCGUCAUUGUGUCGCUGAAGCCCACCUUGCUGCCUGCGUAUCUCUCCCUCCUCAGGCCGUUUUCGUUUGUGUUAUGGAUCUCCCUCCUUGCGUGCAUGGUGGCGUGGGGCGUGGUGCUGUGGCUGAUGCAGAGGGCGUGGAGGCUGUUGACUGGGGGCCGCGAAGUCUAUCUCAAAACGACGCUUCUCUACAGCUGGGGCGCUCUGCUGGAGAAGUCGCUCCGAGACCCGUCAAUAAAUGUUUCCGGACAGUUACUAGUGAGCUGGUGGCUGAUGUUCUGUUUCGUCAUCUCAGCGAGUUUCAAGUCUUCCCUGAUCGCCCACCUCACAGUCCAGGGGAAGUCCAAGACACUGGAGAGCCUGCAGGACCUGGUGGAGACUGACGGCUGGACGUGGGGGUCAGAGCAAACGCUUUUCAACGGGGCACCAGUUGACUUUUUCAGGAAACAGAGAAGCCCAGUAAUGAAGGAAAUAUACGAGAAUAUGGAGGUGACAGACUUGGGCACAGUGAUGGCGAAGGUGCUGGACGGCGGCUUCUCUCUCAUCAUCUUCAAAAAGUUCAUUCAGAUCCUCAUCAACUCCAAAUACACGGACAGCUACGGGCAAACGCCCUUCUACACGAGCCGCGAGGAGAUGAAUCUCCUCGCCUGCCUUGGUUGGGGUGUAAGGCGAGGAUCUCCGUUCCUCAAUGAGUUCGUAAACCUUCAGUCCCGCAUUGAAGACUCUGGGCUGGUGGCGCUGUGGACGGAGGAGGUCAUGGCCCGCCGCGUGCAGGAGAACAGGGAGGCGGCGAAGGUGGAGCAAAACGCAGUGCAGAUAUUAAAAACUCAGGAAGACGCGAGCCAAAUGGUGCUCGCCCUGGACCACCUGCAGGGCGCCUUCUACCUGCUGUUGUUGGGUUCGGGUGUGGCACUGCUCACCCUGCAGGCGGAGACACUGCUGCCGCUAUAA